UCAAGAAGGAGCAAAGAAACCACACUUACGCCCAUCUCUCAGCUCGCUAUCGCCGCUCGGCCACCUUGCAACAUGUUCCAGCCCUCGCCGCAGCUUUGUGCUCGCCUGCGCUUCACCACCAAACAAGUCGGACGCGGCUUCUAUCGAGGAAAUCGAACUGGCUCCAAAGGUGCCCAUACCCCGGCUGGAGGAUAUAUCAUCGAUUGGCGGAAGACCACACACUACAAUGUCCCAGAAAUGGACGAUUUCUACCUCACACCAUUUGUGAGCUUGGAAAUGGAACCGACGCCUCGAGUUCGACACGUGGAUGGAACCCUUCAGACUCCCGAAAAAGUGGAUGGACUCGACUUUCUGAGAGAAUGGAAGAGAUUGAGUCCCUUUGAAUAUGAGCAUCUCGUUGAACAUCAAGAAAAAUUGGCCGCGCAAGCGGCGCAGGAGCAGGGACAGGCAGAGCUUGCACAGGAGGCGGUCACACAGGAUGAAAUUGUCUCACAGGCCAAGAGUGAGGAGCAAAAGGCGCCGUGAAGACAGACCCUGAGAAGAGCUUUUCCGUCCCGGAACGGCUGAACGAAGGUCUCUGCUGCUCGAGCAAGAUGGCCUCGAGUAGCCAAGCUUGGGAAGAGAGUCAGACCUUUUGUGGUCGCUGGUACAAGCCUUGCGCGAACGGAUUCAUUUGCUGAGCAUGAGACGAAGUGGGAGGUCGACAACGCGGCGAAUGGUGCAAGCGAUCAAUGCUCGGUCGCAUUUGGCAUUUGUCUCGAGCAGAGGGAGCCCUAAAGCGACGAUGCCGACAAAUGCAGCACGAAUGCUCGCGACCACAACCAGAUUCUCAUGCGGAGGCUUAUGGGUCUACCAGCACGGAAAUGCAAAGAAUGUCCUUCCAAGGACUUCACCAUGGCGCAGGACACAAUCUCCUGUUCGACAUCAAAAAUGUACGGCUUGCGGACGCAAUGGGUCGUGUUACGAUAUCGUGGCGCCAUCUCAUGGUGACCUGGAUUUUCCUGCUUGGGCUGCUAUUCGCCUGCCUUAACUACCAUCACGGACGCUGCGGGAGAAUGUGGCAUUUGGGUCGUUGUGUGGCCAUGGCCACAUCUAUACAUUGUCUUAGCCUUUGAGGAUUUUGUAUUUCACUCCACCUUGCUGGCCCUAUGGAUUGUGUCGCGUCCCAUAGUGUAGCUGCAACUUCAACUUCAACUUCACUUGUACCAAUAAUAUUGAAACAUCAAAUA